UUUAGUGUUGUACCUCACACUCGGUUGUCGUUCAUACGUCGUUUUGUCAAAAUUAUACAUAUUGCUUUAUUUAAAAAAAAAAUAUAAUAUAAUAUAUAUAUUAUAUAUAUAUAUAUAUAUAUAUAUAUUAUUCGCCUUUAUGAUCAUCUACUCAUAAAAGAUUGAACCAUUGUCAAAGAAGCACUGAGUGACAGCACUGUGUGAAGAUGAUGCGUUAUUGGGGCGAGCUCCCAGUGGCUUCGGCUCCCUCGGGCCGCAGUUCUUUUGACCUCCUGCAGCGCGAGUUCCGCCAGGUGGAGAUGCAAGACCCUCCCCUGCACCAACCUUCUGCACAGCGUCCACGUCCUACCACCAUGCUGGAUAUCCCCUCUGAGCCCUGCAGCCUCACAAUCCAUACUGUGCAGCUGAGCCAGCAUGCUCGUCGUCUCCGGGGUCUCAUUGCUGCUGCCCCGCAAGGCCAGCAACCCCUGUCCACAUUAUCAGAUGCUCAGAGUGUCUUGAAACCCGAGGAUGGGGAUGCUCUGCCUCCCCGGCCUGCCACACCCACUGUACCUGAUGAUCUGCUUCCGCUAGAUAGUAAAGCCCCUCGACAGCCAUUCCAACUACGUCAUAGUGACCCAGAGAGUGACUUCUACAAAGGUAAAGGUGAGCCAGUCACUGAGUUGAGCUGGCCAUCCUGCCGUCAGCUUCUGUACCAGUCGGUCGCCACAGUGCUUGCUCACAUUGGAUUUGAGUCGGCGAAUGAGAGCGUGCUGGAGACUCUGACUGACCUGGCCCAUGAACAUUACCUGCGGAUCACCAAGUUGCUGCGCGUGGCUGUUGACAGGGAGGCCUGCCAGGGCUCUACACCCUUCCCUGAUGUAGUGGAACAGGUAUUCCAUGAGGUGGGCAUUGGCAGCGUCCUGGCUCUCCAGAGCUUCUGGCAGACCCGCAUUAAAGAUUACCACAGCUACAUGCUGCAGGUCAGUAAGGAGCUCUCAGAAGAGUAUGAGAGACUUGUGAAUCCAGAAAAGGCUUUGGAGGAUUCCAAACCCUUGAAGGUUAAAGAUGAGCCAGUGAGUGACACUGCGUUCCUUUUAAGCGAGGAGCCGGAAGCAGAUCUGGCCUCAGGUGACCAGGCCCUUCCCAUCGGUGUUCUGGGCACAUCCAAUGAAAGACUGGCAGGAGGACUGGAGGAGGGACAUUCCCCUCACACAUCAGGAGCAGCAGGCAACACCUCUCCUUUGUGGCAUUUAGCCCAGGUGAAGAUGGAACCUCAGGACAGUGAAGAGGGCCAGGUAUCAGGUCAUGGGGUUCUGGGCAGCAACGUCUUUGAAGAGGGCCCCAUGUCCACCAUGAGUGAGGCUGGCAUCCCUCCAUCUCCUGGCGGUUCAGAUGGAAGUUACAUGUCCCAUUCACCAGAUUCUCUCAUGGGCACAUCCCCUUUCACUCAGCGGCCAAAGAAACGGAUGAGAAAAGUAUAGUGGUUUUGUCGUCUAAAAAAAAAAGACUGAAAGCACUUCCACAGUCACUGUGAUGCAUAGUAUUACCUUCUGUUGGGACUAGAUGUCUUACCUCUGAAUGGAAGUUUUUAGUGAACUUAAAUGAAGCUGACAAAUAAAGUGCGUGUUUGAAUGCUCCACUAGCAAAUGGCAGACUGUCACUGUUUUACCCAAUUAUUUAGCAGGACAAUUACUUGUUGGUAAAAUUAGCAUCUGUUUAUUGUAACGAAACAAUGGAGGGAGCACAACAUGGGGAGUAAUUAUAACCUGAUGUAUGCUUCAAAACACACAGGGACAUCAAUCAAGGAGUAAUGGCAAAUUAAUUACAGCAUGCAUAAAUCUGCAUGUUAAAAAGCAGGCCAUUUAAUUGCCUGUACACUCCCAGGCGUCACAGUAGAGGUAUUGUCUCCUAGCCACCUGCGCCCAAACUGUUUUCCUGAACACAUACUGGUUGAGUGUAAAUUUAGCUCCUCACACUCAGCAGGUAGAAAUGCAUUCUGAGACUCAAUCAAGAGGAACCGAGACUAGAUAGCUUUCACACAGCAUCCUUAAAUGAACUGGUGUAGCCUUCCAGAGGCCACUUCAAGGGUAUUUUUAUUUCAGUUAGAAAAAAAAAAAUCACUGUGUAAACCUUGACUUCAUACCAUUAGCUACCACAUCUGUUCGUGUCUAAAUCAAAAGAAAUAAAAUUCUUAACUUGUAAAA